AUGAAGAUUGAUUCAAUUGUUUCCUCUGGCAAACGGAAUGUUUUCGCAAGCCUUAGUCAGUCCGGCAGUUGCAACCUUUACCGAUUAAAGUCUGCCCGUAUUACAACUCUUUCUCUCCCACUCUUUCACUCUCUCCCGCUCGCAUGCUCUUGCUCGCUAUCGCGAAAACACGCCACCGACCUGGGCCGCCAGAGCAGCCGGACCUUCGAGCUUGGCAGUCCAGCUUUAGCGAAGGGUCAACCAGAGACCAGGUCUUCUCGUGACGCGUGCCCAUGGGAUUUGCUCCUGCCAAAUGUCAAAACGUUGGUAGAAAUGACCGACAGGUUGCAUUUGAACUUGAUCUACUUUUUGCGGAACUAG